ACUUGGGGGCGUUCCCGGGUGUUGCAGGGGCGCAGGUGGCUGAGGAGCAUCGAUUGGAUGUGCUUUGGGAGGGCUAGGGGCCUUUCUGGGACUUUCAUGCCCAGGUCCCGACUUCGUGCAGAGGAGGUUCCCGAGACCCGACCUCAGCCGGAUAAGCCCCAGGAAACACAGAGGAGCAAGGCGACCUCUAGUGGCUGUUGGACAUGAUAUUUACACAUGAAUCCAUGUGACAUUUCAAUCUUCAGACCAGGGAGAAUAAAAUGUGUCUGUAAUUCUCAUCUCACGUCUUUUUCAGCCCAAGGUUGCUCAUUCUGGAUAUGCUGCUGUUUUUUGCUUUGGGAUUGUUUGUACAUUUUGUGUUCUUCGCCUCCAUCUUUGACAUUUAUUUUACAUCUCCUUUGGUUCAUGGGAUGACUCCUCAGUUUACACCAUUGCCUCCCCCAGCAAAAAGAUUAGUGUUAUUUGUUGCCGAUGGCCUGAGAGCAGAUGCUCUUUAUGAAUUAGAUGAAGAUGGUAACUCUAGAGCACCGUUUAUUAGGAACGUCAUAAUGCAUGAAGGCAGCUGGGGAGUAUCUCACACACGCGUGCCAACAGAAUCUCGCCCUGGCCAUGUAGCCCUCAUAGCUGGGUUUUAUGAGGAUGUCAGUGCAGUUGCCAAAGGAUGGAAAGAAAAUCCUGUCGAAUUUGACUCUCUUUUUAAUGAGAGCAAGUACACAUGGAGCUGGGGGAGUCCGGACAUCUUGCCUAUGUUUGCCAAAGGUGCUAGUGGUGACCAUGUUUAUACAUACAGUUAUGAUGCUCAAAAAGAGGAUUUUGGUGCUCACGAUGCCACAAAACUGGAUACCUGGGUUUUUGAUAAAGUUAAGGACUUCUUUGAUGCUGCGAGGAACAACCAGUCUUUGUUUUCAAAAGUGAAUGAGGAAAAAGUAGUUUUUUUCUUACAUUUAUUAGGAAUAGAUACAAAUGGACAUGCUCACCGACCAUCGUCAAGGGAGUAUAAGGACAAUAUUAAAAAAGUUGAUGAUGGAGUGAAGGAAAUUGUGUCAAUAUUCAAGCAUUUUUAUGGUGAUGAUGGGAAAACAGCAUUUAUCUUUACCUCCGACCAUGGAAUGACAGACUGGGGUUCCCAUGGCGCCGGUCAUCCUUCAGAGACUUUAACUCCUUUAGUGACUUGGGGAGCUGGGAUCAAAGUUCCUCAAAAAGUGUCAACUCAGCAAUUUGAUGACGAGUUUUUAAAAGAAUGGAGAUUGGAAAACUGGAAGAGGCGAGACGUUGAUCAGGCUGACAUUGCACCACUGAUGGCGUCUCUUAUUGGAGUUCCCUUUCCUCUUAACUCGGUGGGGACACUUCCUGUGGAGUAUCUUAACAACACUGGUCUCUUCAAAGCAGAGAGCAUGCUCACCAAUGCAGUGCAGAUUCUUGAGCAGUUCAAGGUGAAGAUGACUCAGAAAAAAGAAGUUACUUUGCCAUUUUUGUUUACACCGUUUAAGUUGCUCUCUGAUUCUCAGCAGCUGGAUAUUUUAAGAAAAGCAAGGUCUUAUAUAAAUCAAGAAAAAUUUGAUGAAGUAGUCUCCCUCUGUGAGGAGUUGAUUGAUCUCGCAUUGAAAGGAUUGUCCUAUUAUCACACUUACGACAGAUUCUUUCUGGGCUUCAGUGUUGCUGUUGGUUUUGUGGGAUGGACGUCUUAUGCUUCGUUGUUAAUCCUCAAAUCUCAUUCUAAUCUCACAAGGAGUGCUAGGACGGAAGUUAAGAAGCCACACCGUCUUCUGCCAGGUAGCUUUGUAGCUAUUGGUGUUUUAAUGGCAUGCUUUCUGCUGAUCCAAGCCUGUCCCUGGACUUACUAUGUGUAUUGCUUGCUGCCGGUGCCAAUAUGGUAUGCAGUUCUAAGAGAAUAUCAAGUUAUUCAGGACCUGGUUGCCUCCCUGUUGACUUUUCCUCUGAGCCACGUUGUUGCCUGCUUGCUUGUCUUUAUCUUGGGAAUUGAAGUACUGGUGUUCAGUUUCUUCUACCGCUACAUGCUGACAGCUGGACUGAUGGUGUUUGCUGGUUGGCCGUUUCUCACUCAGCUAUGGGCCCGAGCAAAGAUCACCUGCCUGAGUUGGGCUCUCUUCUCCUUGCUUCUGGCAGUGUUCCCACUGAUGCCUGUUGUGGGUAGAAAGCCAGACAUCUCUCUAGUCAUGGGUGCGGGAUUGCUGGUUCUUCUGCUGUCCCUGGCUGUUGUAACAACUCUCACAAAAAGAAAAACUACUGUGGCAAAGGAGGAGCUGUUGGUGCUUCUGUUACAGAUGCUGAGUACAGUGCUCUCUAUGUAUGAUGUAUACAGUACCCACCACAGUCUGUUAAAGAAAGAAGGCCUGCCUCUUAUGAAUCAGAUUGUGAGCUGGGCCACGUUAGCCUCCUCGUUGGUUGUGCCAUUCCUGAGUUCCACAGCUCUCUUUCAGCGACUCUCCAGCAUACUUCUUUCCUUGAUGCCAACCUACUUGCUUCUGAGCACAGGGUAUGAAGCUCUCUUUCCGUUAGUGUUGUCCUGCUUGAUGUUUGUCUGGAUACACAUGGAACAAGAGACCCUACAACAGCCUGGCGUUUCCUGUAAACAGAAGCUUGGCAGCAUUCAGUUCACCUGUAACACUGAUAUAGCUCAACUUCGACUGCUCAAUCCGGAUGACAUUCGCAGGGCCUUUUUCCUUGUUUUCUUUUUAGUGACUGCAUUUUUUGGAACUGGAAAUAUAGCUUCUAUUAAUAGCUUUGACCUUGCCUCUGUGUAUUGCUUUCUGACUGUGUUUAGUCCUUUCAUGAUGGGAGCUCUCAUGAUGUGGAAGAUUUUAAUUCCCUUUGUUCUUGUGAUGUGUGCUUUUGAAGCAGUUCAGAUAACUACCCAGCUGUCAUCAAAGGGCCUUUUCCUCAUUGUUCUCGUCAUAUCAGACAUCAUGGCUUUGCAUUUUUUCUUCUUGGUCAAGGAUUCUGGCAGCUGGCUUGAUAUUGGAACCAGCAUCAGCCACUAUGUGAUUGUCAUGUCCAUGACCAUCUUUCUGGUAUUUCUUAAUGGCCUGGCACAGUUGCUCACAACAAAGAAACUCCAACUGUAUGGCAAAUCCAAAAGGCAUCUCCUGUGAUGUUAGUAAAGCCAUCAGCCAACAUCUGCAUCCUGAUUCUCCUUAAAGAAAAGUCCCACCAAGGAGUCAAGAAGAUGGAUAUUGGACCAGAGAGAUGGCUCAGUGGGUAAAAGUACUUGUUGCACAAGGCUGACAUGAGUUUGAUCCCUGGAAUCCACGGUGGAAGGAGAAAGCAGCUCCCAGAAGUUGUCCUUUGGCCUCCAUGUGCAUGCUAUGCCACACACACACACACACACACACACACACACAUACUGCAUUUAUAAAAGAUGGAUACUAAUGUAUAUUUCCCUUUAGAGACUGUUUCACCUGGAACUCUGCAUUUACAGGUGGUCUGACAUAAUGGAGCUUCCUUUUUCUUUCUGUUAACACAUAGAAUAACAGAAUAACAGGACAUUGCCAAGAAGCUUCUUUUCUCUCUAGUUUUUGCAGGGUUGAAAUAAUGAUUGUAUCUUAGAACAGUGUAAAGCAUCCUUCAUUCUCAUUUUUUUCUUAUUUUAUCUGGCAGCUUUUAUGCAGUAAUGUUUGAGAGCACCUGCCACCCUUUGCUCCUCACGGUACAACUUCACGGAUACCCAGAGGAGCUCGUGCCCCUGUGGGGAUGGUUCUGACACUCUCCAAAGUCAUCACAGUGGAGGGACUGAAUGGAAGUCUCCUGGUAGAACAUAGAACAUAGACAGCUGUCAGCCCCAGCACUGGGCUGCCCGAGCAUGUGCUGAGUAAGACAGGUGGGGCUGCAGUCCGGGGUUUCUGAGCCGCAGUGGAAAGCUCUCUGCUCAGCUUUGCCCUUUCUGUGUCCUCGGUAAGUUGGCCUCGCUGUGCUGCUUCCAGGACUCUCACAGCCCAGCAGCUAGAUGAAGCUUCCACCUUUACCUUCUGUGGCUUUGUUGGUUAAUGUUUCCAUGUCAGUCCCCAAACCAAAGGCUGUAGUUUGGUGACAGUGUCAUAAAGACUCAAAUUUAAGUUGAUACUCUUUUUUUAGUCUUGAUAUUUUAACGAGACCAAUGACCUUCAGCCAUCGCACUAGAUUUAGCUUUCCCUUUGUAUAUUCUAAUGAAUGAGGUAUUGGAGAGUAAUUUUUAUUUGGGUUUCCCAUACAGGACCUAUAUUGUAGAGUUGUCUAUAGAAUUCUGUUUAGUGCUUAGGUCAUAUUUUUCUGAUAUGAACCACAUUUUGAAAAACAAUUGCUCUUGAUUCAAGUUAUACUAUUACUAGUCUGCUUUGAUGAGCAGAGAGCUCUUUACAAAUUAAUAAAUUUUUCAGAUUGGCAGGUGAGCAAGCAUAAUUUAGAAAAGUAAGCUCAGCUGAGCAAAGUAUACUUCCAUUUCUACUUAAGAUAUAGUCAUAAUUUAUUGGUGAUAAUGCCUCCUGAUGGCAGUGAAUGCUGUAUAGUAUAUUGGGAGAAGAGUGCCGGUCCUAAUAGAGGCUGCAGCAUCACUGUGUCACCGUCUAGUUGGCAGCUAAGGAGCUGCUGCAGCAAUGCUAACACUGGCAGGACAAAGACCCAGUGCCUUCCUAGACCCUCAGGUAACUUCUCAUCCCACUGUGUAAACACCAUUUACCUUUGUGAAAUUUGAUUUACUUUCCUCUUCUACAGAGGAAUUAAUACAUUGUUAAAGGUUUAAGUGUGUGCACACACAUGCAUACACAUGUGAACACAGGUGCCAUCAGAGUCUUGUAAGAGGGUGUUGGAUCCUUGAAGCUGUACUUACAUGUUGUGAGAUGCCUCAAAUGGGUGCUGGGAACCAAUCUCAGGUCCUUUACAGAUACUUUUACCUUCAAUAUGUUAAUAUUCCUAGGAUAGCUAAGAAUAUGUGAUCAGUGUUUUAAUAGUCACUAUACUUGCUGAAGAUAAGUAAUGUCUUUCAAGUUUGAAACAAGAAAAAUAAAAUUCAUUUUCUUUAUGUGUCUUAGUUUACUUUUGCCCUAUCCUGGAAAUCAUUGUAAUUUGCUGUAGCUUAUAAAAUAGACAUUUCUUGUACCACUUCAACCACGUGUUUGAGCUUAGCACCAACAGUGAAAGCUGUGCUGACAGUGUGUACACUGGGUGUGUC